AUGACAGUCAUUAGUCUCCCACUCUCUCAGUUUGAAAAAUCAGACAGAGUCAGAAUGAUAGUCAUUAGUCUCCCACUCUCUCAGUUUGAAAAAUCAGACAGAGUCAGAAUGACAGUCAUUAGUCUCCCACUCUCUCAGUUUGAAAAAUCAGACAGAGUCAGAAUGAUAGUCAUUAGUCUCCCACUCUCUCAGUUUGAAAAAUCAGACAGAGCCAGAAUGAUAGUCAUUAUUCUCCCACUCUCUCAGUUUGAAAAAUCAGACAGAGUCAGAAUGAUAGUCAUUAGUCUCCCACUCUCUCAGUUUGAAAAAUCAGACAGAGCCAGAAUGAUAGUCAUUAGUCUCCCACUCUCUCAGUUUGAAAAAUCAGACAGAGUCAGAAUGACAGUCAUUAGUCUCCCACUCUCUCAGUUUGAAAAAUCAGACAGAGUCAGAAUGACAGUCAUUAGUCUCCCACUCUCUCAGUUUGAAAAAUCAGACAGAGUCAAAAUGACAGUCAUUAGUCUCCCACUCUCUCAGUUUGAAAAAUCAGACAGAGUCAGAAUGAUAGUCAUUAGUCUCCCACUCUCUCAGUUUACAAAAUCAGACAGAGUCAGAAUGACAGUCAUUAGUCUCCCACUCUCUCAGUUUGAAAAAUCAGACAGAUUCAGAAUGAUAGUCUUUAGUCUCCCACUCUCUCAGUUUACAAAAUCAGACAGAGUCAGAAUGACAGUCAUUAGUCUCCCACUCUCUCAGUUUGAAAAAUCAGACAGAGUCAAAAUGAUAGUCAUUAGUCUCCCACUCUCUCAGUUUGAAAAAUCAGACAGAGUCAGAAUGACAGUCAUUAGUCUCCCACUCUCUCAGUUUGAAAAAUCAGACAGAGUCAGAAUGAUAGUCAUUAGUCUCCCACUCUCUCAGUUUGAAAAAUCGGACAGAGUCAGAAUGACAGUCAUUAGUCUCCCACUCUCUCAGUUUGAAAAAUCAGACAGAGUCAGAAUGAUAGUCAUUAGUCUCCCACUCUCUCAGUUUGAAAAAUCAGACAGAGUCAGAAUGAUAGUCAUUACAUAA